AUGGCAACAACAGCUGAUGGUCACUUGCCCUUGACGGCCAUAUUCUCCCAGUUUCAGUCUCCACCAGAGUUAGUUAUCAACAUCCUCGUCAGUCUUCAACAUCCUCGUCAGUCCUCAACAUCCUCGUCAGUCUUCAACAUCCUCGUCAGUCUUCAACAUCCUCGUCAGUCCUCAACAUCCUCGUCAGUCCUCAACAUCCUCGUCAGUCCUCAACAUCCUCGUCAACAUCCUCGUCAGUCUUCAACAUCCUCGUCAGUCUUCAACAUCCUCGUCAGUCCUCAACAUCCUCGUCAGUCUUCAACAGUCCUCAACAUCCGUCAGUCCUCAACAUCCUCAGUCUUCAACAUCCCUCGUCGUCCUCAACAGUCAGUGUCUUCAACAUCCUCGUCAGUCUUCAACAUCCUCGUCAGUCAGUCUCCUCAACAUCCUCGUCAGUCUUCAACAUCCUCGUCAGUCUUCAACAUCCUCGUCAGUCUUCAACAUCCUCGUCAGUCUUCAACAUCCUCGUCAGUCUUCAACAUCCUCGUCAGUCUUCAACAUCCUCGUCAGUCCUCAACAUCCUCGUCAGUCUUCAACAUCCUCGUCAGUCCUCAACAUCCUCGUCAGUCCUCAACAUCCUCGUCAGUCUUCAACAUCCUCGUCAGUCCUCAACAUCCUCGUCAGUCUUCAACAUCCUCGUCAGUCUUCAACAUCCUCGUCAGUCUUCAACAUCCUCGUCAGUCUUCAACAUCCUCGUCAGUCUUCAACAUCCUCGUCAGUCUUCAACAUCCUCGUCAGUCUUCAACAUCCUCGUCAGUCUUCAACAUCCUCGUCAUCAGCUGUGUAACACCUUCAAACACUCACAUCAUAACACCUACGAUAUUAUAA